AAGGAUGUCGAUGCGCCGUCGGUGGUCGGUUUCGGGGGUUGACUCGCGCCGCGGGGGCGAUGAGCGCACUUCCCUCCGCCCUGAGACUGACCUGCUGCUGCUGGCUCCUGCUGAUCUGCCUCAUCGUCUUCCUGAUACCCGCGCCCUGCAACAGCAACACGUCGCGGCAGGUUAUACGCCGAAACUGGCCAGGAAGUGAUGAUGAUGCAGCGGUGCACGGGUCCAGCUAUCUCGACGACGACGUCGAAGUCUACGACGACGACGAUGAUGGCGACCUCGAGGAUUGGUUCGAGAGAAAUAUUACUGCGGAAAAAGGGCGGUACUUGGGCUCACCUUGCGACCUCGUGUGCAAUUCCGAGCUACAGCACGUAUUCUGUGAUUCAAUCACUGGCCUCUGCGAGUGCGACAAGUUCUAUCCCGUUCGUCUCGGGCCUACCAAGGGAUGUGCCAAACCCAAAAGACUCGGAGAGCAGUGCUUGUACCAUGCGACGUGCACUUUCGCGGAUCAGCAUUCGACGUGCACGCAGGUCCAGCACAACGCAGUAUGUGAUUGCGAGAAGGGAUACCACAAGGUUGCGCUGUCUAGGCCUAAUAAGAAGGUUUUCUGCGCGGAAGAUCAGGUGCUGAUAACUACGGACCUCCCGACCCUACUCUGCAUAGCAUCAGGAAUAGCUAUCUUCACGGCGAUGAUAUGCUUCGUGCUCAAACUAUUCAACCGCGCUGAACUAACUCUUCUGAGGUCGCGGCAUUACGCUAACGCCAAUCAUACGCCACCCAUGCUGUUUUCUAGUGAUCCGGGGAUACCGAUGACGCUGCACGGACGACCGUCCUCGCGAUCGAGCGAGCGGAGCGGCAGCGCCGGGCCCCUCAGCUGCGCGUUCACCAGGAGGCCGAGUAGCGGCGGCAGCCGCGGACCCCUGGUACCAGCGUCCAGAGCAGGUGCGGCACGGGCCGCAGCCAUCUUGCUUAUAUCGUGUCACCUGCAGGCGACCAAAGGCGGCAACAAGCACCGACGUACCCUUAGUGACGUAGCCGAGGGAUCAUCCGACGGCCUCGGUUCCCGCCGUCCUAGCUUAGCAUCGGUUCACAGUUCGACGUCCUCGUCCCGUAGUUAUAGCGCGCGUCGACUCGAAAGGGAGAGGAACGAGAAGGAGCAGCGCCAAGCGCUUCAGGAGCUUCGGCUGGCGAAGCAGCGAGAGCAAUUGCAGCAACAGCAGCAACAGGUGAUACCGACGCCCAGCCCUAGGACUCCCCAUUCCACGGACGAGUUGCUGCCUUCGGUCGAAGAGGGAAAAGAAGUCUUUUACAACGAGCAGGUACCGACGACGUCAGACGGAUCAGAGACUAUCCCGAUUACGACGACUACGACGACGACGACGAUGAUGACGACGACGUUAACAACGGCGAUAACGACUACCAACGCGUCCGCAACCCGAAUAGGCGAUACUAUGCCUAUUGCAAAGCCAACGACAUCCAUCUUCGGCACGAACGUUGCGCCUCGGACUUCCGAUGACAUUUUUCAAGUGUAGUCUUCGUCAAGUACGACGAAGCAAAUGGACUCAAAAUUUAUUAACGACCUUUUUAUUAUAUUUGCAAGAACCAACACGACGGAGAUGCAUACAUAAAACGUGCGGAAGCACAUCUACGAGAUACGAAGCUCUAAUAAAAUAGGUGUAUGCACAAAUAUCGGAAAUAAGUUAAUCCAUAUUCUGUCUACAUUAAAAAGUUAGCUUUUUUACGACGGGAAAUCAAACCGUGCGAAAAAAAGACUUUUAUCCUAAACAACAAUUGUACGAAACAUCGCGAUUUAUACCUCUAUCUUUAUUUCUGAUCUUCCUCUAUCUUUUUAUUUCUAAUCUUAAGAGAAAAAGUGUGCAUCUUUAGAAUUAUAUAUUUGUUACUUUAAUUUAAAGUGCCAUAAUUUGCGACGUAUAAGCACUCUGAAUAACAUAGUCGAUAAAAGAUUGGUGUAUAUAUUUAACGUGCAACUCAAUAAUUGUGGAAUUAUUAAUUCCCUUUUUUUUUUCAAGGCGACACAAUAUCGGUGAUCGAUAGUUCACAGCUGACUUUGUAAUGUGGACGAAGUAUUAACGCAAAGGCACUUUCUGGAUGAAUGUACUUGGGCACAAGUGUACUUAAACGAGUUAGAAUGUGGCGAUGUAAUAAAACAUAUUUUUACUUGAUACUUGCACAGACAGAUAAGUGUUUACGAAUGCAGCUGGACAUUCCAAAAAGAGCAAGGGUUAACGAGACAAUUAAGCAAAGCAAUCAAUGCAAUGAAUGAUGAUUCCUUUUGAAUAUCUUAAGACAAAGAUAUUGGAAAUGUUAAUAAUUAUGUUUGACAAUGAAUGUGAGAAAAGUGCGCUUAGGUACUUAAUACGCUACACAAGGAAAUCGAAAUCGAUAGCAGAAUAUUCCGAAUUACACAGAAAAUGAGAAUAAAAGCUAGCGUAUCAAUGCUUUGAAAUCAUUGGAACUGAACUUACGUUUAACUGUAGAGUGAUUUCGAAAAAUAUAAAACGAAUUUUUUCAAACAAUAUAGAAAUUGUAGAUUCAUUGAAUAAUUAAAAGUUUCUUUGAAAUUAAAGAAUUUUUAAUUAUGCAAAUUUGCGAUUCCACUCGACAUUCAGUAAAGACUGUUUAUAGAUAUCAAAUAUAUGAAAAAUAAAUUACAUCAACUGACAACAAGAAUUUAAUCAGUUGUUUCGAUUAAAAUUAUAAUUUACAUAUAAAAAAAGUGUCACUGUAUUGCAUAUCGGAAACCAUCUGAUAAAAGCAUUGACUCGCUUAGAAACAUCAUUAUAAAAGAUAUAUCGCAAAAUUCCUUAUAAUUCUCACGAGAUAUAAAUAUAAUCAUGUUUGAGAUCCCGAGUAUGUACAAUAACGAUUAUGCAAGUUUAUCAAGAUGAAUUAUAUUAUUAUUUAAAAAGUUUGAUUGAACUAGAAAUCGUUUUGAUGUUUAUAUAUUUGUUCAGUCAUUGCGUGUGAUCAUACGAUUGUUUGAGUAGAGUUACAUGAAAUUCGCACACAUAAGCUCGUAAAAUUGUUCAGAGUGGCUACAUAUCAAUAGAUCGCAAAGCAUUCCGUUUCGGCCGAACAAGAAUCACGUCACAUUAAACUUUUAAUUGAAAAAUUAUCGUUUGACGGAGAAGCUAUUGGAAAAGGACAAUCUCGAGCGGUUCGAGGCUAAAUAUACUUCUAUCCCUGUAUAAGCGAUAAAAGUCGAAAGAUAAUUUCCUGUUGGGAGACUAUCUUAACAAAUGAUAAUGCGCAUGUAAGAGCCAGUUAUACAUUGUUGUUAUUGUAAUACUGUCACUUCGCUUUCUAAAAUGGGCUGACGUGCAAUAUCGAGCGAAGGUUCUUCUCUCACUUUUCGUUAACUUGUUUUUCAUUACGAUUAAAAGAAGAGUAACUUACGUAUUCGUCAACUGUGCACACACAAUACGAUGCAUACGAAUUUUUGUUUAUAUCUUCAAUAACGGCAAAAUAUAUAUGUGGUAGAUAUGUUACGAUAUAUUAUAGUAUAUAUUUAUUGAGAUUAAAUAAUUGUAUCUUUUUUUAGUACCGAUAAUACAUGCUCUUUAUCGAUUGUUACGCAAACUAACAUUAUUUGAGAAAUUUCUAUCUCCGUAUUGUUAUUUAAAUGCUAAUUGAAUUUGAAUGCUAGUUUACAUUUUUAUAUAAUGUUAUAUAUUGUAUUUUUAGAUUAAAAUGAUAAGGAGAAUUUCCGUGUACAAAUUCUACAUUGAAAAUUUUUCAUCAUGCGCAAAAAUUGAAAGAUGAUGACUUGAGAAAACUGCAAAAUCUUUUCUGUUUGCCUCUAAUGAGUAUUCUAUAAUUGCAAGCAUUAAUCAUUAGAGUUGACAUAAUCAGUCAUAAUACGUUUCGAAAGCAUCCCGUGAUCACGAAGCACGAACGCCUUCAAAAUGUAAUAAUAUUUUGAAAUAUAAUAUUUGGUCGCUAUAUAUAAAUUGGCGUAAAGUGUAAAAGCGUAGUAAUACAAAUCAUUAAAACAAGUUAUUAUACGACGCGAUCACAUACUCGCGCUCAACAAAAGUUUAUGGAAACAGAGAGAGACAUACCUAAAUCUAUUAUAACAAAACGUAUAUCGACAUUCUCGUGUUCGGAUAAUUUACGCUGCCUUUUUCGAGUAAAUAAUUAAAAAAAGGACAAAAAGCGUUAAAGUCCAGAAUGUUAUACUUAUAAAAGCUGCAUAUGUGUAGGGCGACGACGCGCGGCAAGUGCGCGAGAAUCGACACCACAGAAGGCAAAUAUUGCGCUCAAAAUCAUUCUAGUAGAUUGUGAUCGCGUAAGAAUUAAGAGUAUGCAUUGCCUACAUUGUAUAAAAAUAUUACAGAGACGAUUCCAUGCCAAUAGAUAGAGGCUACUAAGAUAGCCAGAGAGUGAAGUAAAGAAAUUAUUAAAUUAAUACGACAUGGAAUUACGCGUCUUAUUGUCAGUGCCUAUUGUAUAUUAAUAAUUUUUAUUUCUAUACCCAUUUGUAUCGUCUGUAUGUAUACAAAAAGACUUUCUUUUUAGAAAAUUGCUUCGUGUUAAAGAUAGAAAAUCGAUAGACACUGAAAAAUUUCAUCGAGUGCAAGAAGUUUUAUCAAGUUAAUACGACAUGGAAUUAUGUGGUCUUUUGUACGAAAUAAAAACAAUGAACGUAGAUUUGCAGAUCUGAAACAAUCUGCGAUUAUUAUCUGAUAUGUUUUUAUAUUAUGAAGUUUGUGUCACAAAAAGUAACUGACGCAAACGUUAAUUAAAUUUUAAUAACUUUAAAACAAGAAUUUAUAAAGUAAAUGAUACAUCGCUUUCGAUAACAGUAAAAUGUUAGUUAAUUAAAAUCGAAAAUUCCAAUUUGAAAAUAUUAAAAACAAAAAUUUUACACACUUAAAACAGAUUAUAUGUAUGUAUAUUUACAUCAGUUACACGUUCUGAUGUAGAGCGUAGCAUUUCAGAAUAUAAAAAUAUAUUACAUAAUAAUCAUGUAGAAUUUAAGUUGAAACAUGUUUACAUAAAAAUACGUACUUUCUGAAAUGUUUAUAAUUUAUUAAAUGUUUUCAUGAUGCGCGAAACAUCGAAUAAUUCCAUAUCGUAUUGCACGAUUAAAAUCUUGGAUCAAGUCGAAGUCGCUGAUUCUCGUGCGCUUAUCACAGCGUUUGUCACAGCUCUAAUUAUAUAAUAUCAUACACAAAGAAAAAAAAAGCCCGCAUUCCCCCGAAACACUCAAUACUCAAAUAUUGCCGCCUGAUUUAUAAAAGUCGAUGUACAACGUUAUCGUUUUAUUCCAAUUUUAAAUGUUUACUGUAUCAUAAGAUUGUAAUAUAGUCGUUGGGCCAAAUAAAGCUCGUUUUU